CAUGGUGCUUGCUACUAAACAUAGUCCACUUAGUUAUGUUGUCAGUGAUCCUGAAGUGUCGUGUCGUGUCUCGACUGACACAUGUAGAAGUCUGCUUGACGUAUCGUUGAGUUAUUUGGCUAUUUUCGUGACUGGUGGCAACACAUGAACCAAAAUAGAAUGGGUGACAUUGGCUAGCUAGCUACGCUAGCAGUGUUAACUGAUGGGUGUUGCGCACAAAUAUCGUGCAUAAUUUAGCUACUCUAACAUGUAACGUUAGUAUUGACCGAACAUUACUGACAGCGUCCUCUCUCCUCAAGAUAUCCGACACCCUGGUUGGAGGAGCUUCAUCGGUUGAAAGGUCUGACCUGACUAGUCUUGGGUCGUGUUACACUCCUGACACGACCGAAUAACUCGCAGCUCUUCAGUAACGUCACCUACGUCCCAGGGCGACACGCGCAGUGUGUUUAUGUCUUUAUUCUACAGAAACGACACACUUUGUGACCGGAUACCAGCAAAGUUAUUAGCCACCCAGACAGACUGUCCUUUCAUUCAGAGCUGUUGCGCAGCAGUACGGCCGUGUGUUCCGUGUGUAGCGGCGGAAACCGAGUGUGUGAGCAGGGAUCCUCCGGCCACUUUGGCAAACUCUUUUUCAUGUCCGAGUCGGAGCGAUCUUGCAGUGGUUUAUGUCAUCUCACACACACACACACACACACACACCCCCUCGCCGCCAGGCAGACCCCCACCAGAGGCCCCCGCUGCACACACACAUACACACACACCCCUCUCCUGCCCGCUGCUAGCGCCCGGCACCAGCCGCCAUGUCCCUCAACGUCAACCGCAGCGUGGCCGACCAGUUCUACCGCUACAAGAUGCCCCGUCUGAUCGCCAAGGUGGAAGGCAAAGGAAAUGGAAUCAAGACGGUGAUUGUCAACAUGGUGGAUGUGGCCAAGGCUUUAAACAGACCUCCAACAUAUCCCACCAAGUUCUUCGGCUGUGAGCUGGGCGCCCAGACGCAGCUGGACUCCCGGAACGAGCGCUUCAUCGUGAACGGGUCGCACCAGGCCAACAAGCUGCAGGACAUGCUGGACGGGUUCAUACGCAAGUUCGUGCUCUGCCCCGAGUGUGACAACCCCGAGACUGAUCUGCAUGUCAAUCAGAAGAAGCAGACCAUUGGCAACUCCUGUAAGGCCUGUGGCUACCAGGGCAUGUUGGACACCCGACACAAGCUGUGCACAUUCAUCCUGAAAAACCCUCCAGAGAGCACGGACAGCAGUUCAGCUAAGAAGGAGAAGGACAAGAAGAACCGGAAGAAGGACAAGGAGAACGGAUCUGGAGGAGGAGAGGCGGGGAACCACAACGACAUCGACGUACCAGAACCAGUGGACGGCGGGGACGAGGAUGAUGAUGAUUGGGGGGAGGACACGACGGAGGAGGCUCAGAGGAAGAGGAUGGAGGAGAUCAGUGAUCGCGCUAAAAACCUCACGCUCUCAGACCACCUGGACAAGCCUCUGGAGGAGAGAGUCAACAUCUUCUACAACUACGUCAAGCAGAAGAAGGAGAGCGGGGCGGUGGAGUGGGCGGAUAAGGAGCUGCUGCUGGAGGCGGAGCGACUGGACGUCAGGGCCAUGGGCCCCCUCAUCCUCACCGAACUGCUCUUCGACCACAACAUCCGCCAGCAGAUCACCACCUACAAGAGACACUUCCUGCGUUUUUGCCAUAAUGAUAAGAAGGCACAGAAGUACCUGCUGGGCGGCUUUGAGUGUUUGGUGAAGCUGCAUCAGAGUCAGCUGCUGCCGAAGGUUCCCGUCAUCCUCAAGGAUCUCUAUGACAACGACCUGCUCGACGAGGACGUCAUACUGGCCUGGGCUGAGAAGGUGUCCAAGAAGUACGUGUCCAAGGAGCUGGCCAAGGAGAUCCACGCCAAGGCUGCGCCCUUCAUCACCUGGCUGAAGGAGGCGGAGGAGGAGAGCGAGGAGGAAGAGGAAGAUGAGAACGUGGAGGUGGUGUACUCCUCCGCUGCCCGGGAGCUGAAGGUGGAGAAGGUGCAGCCUGAGGUGGAUGAUGACCUUGACAUCGACGCCAUUUAGAGCAGCGGCCAUCUUGGCAUAUAUGUGCUUACUUUACACACACACACACACACACUCUCACUGUCACACACACACACACACACACACACACACACAC